AUGGAUGAUGGUGGAUGGGAGAAGUUGUCUGUAAAAUUCGGAGAAUAUUAUACAGAUCCGUUUUACAACUUCAUUGGAACUCAUGCCAUAGAAGAUAUCAUCAACCGUAGAGUGCCGAAUGUCAGAUAUGGUAGUAUAAAGAGGGAAUUGUGGAUGGAGGUCACUGAAUGUUUUGAUGAAAAAUCUCAAGUCGGAUCCAACUUGUUAGAUUUUUUUACGCAAAUCUACAAAUUUCGUGAAAAUUGUAAGCCUGAAAUUAAAAAGCAAAUAUUAGAUUAUAUGCAGUAUGAAUGUUGCAAGAAAGAGGAAAGUAGGAUUUUGCUAAAUACAGAUGAAACUGAUUUAUUCAUCUUUCGCAAUUGA